AUGCCUGCUACUCGACCAACCCGAACUCGGAAAUCUCGAGCGACCACUGGCGGCCCAGGCACCACUCCUCGUCGACGUCGCCCUGCUCCUACCGGCUCAGUCAUUUCGAUUUCUGAUAGUGAACCAAAGCACACCUCUAAUGCCACGCGUCGCAUCCAUGCCAUCAGUGCCUCCUCGGACGACGAGUACUAUUCCCUUUCUUCCCAGCUGACCAAUAGUAUUAAGGAUGUGAAAUCACGAAAAGCUCCGAGCUCUUGUCAAGCCACAGGCUCUUGUCGAGCUACCAGUUCUCGAGCUACUGAUUCCCGUCGAACUACCGCCUCGUGUCAAGCUACGGGCCCACACCCAAACUCGGGCCUGCGACGACGCUCGUCUAGAAUCAACAAAGAUAUCAGCGCGGAACGGGGCGUGCAAGUUUCCUGGCUCGAGGAUAUGAAAGCCCAGGUAGCAGCAGCCGUAGAAGCGGCUGCGAAAGCUCACGAGGAAGCGGUGACAGCACACGAGGAAGCGGCAACAGCAAAGGAGGAAGCUGCGAAGGUCAGCGAGGAGCUGAUGAAGGCGAAGCAGCAGGCCGCCAAGGCGCAGGAAGAAAGACUGACGGCUCAGCAAGAUGCUGCGAGCGCUCAACAGCUUGCCCUUACGCUUGAGCACAUUAAGGACGAUCUGAUUUGUGAGGUACGCUCCGCCAACUUCUUGAUCUCGUUUGCUAUCUCAAUCUUUUUCAGCAUCAGCUGCGGACACACAUUCUGUCGGAGCUGCCUUGCCCGCUGGUUGGACGCGACUCUUACCAAGUUCAAGAAGUCACAUCGCGAUUACAAUCCUCGCGAGGCCCCGAUGCUCCGUUCGACUGAUGACAUUGCGCUCCCGGAGAGUCUCCAGCAUAUGGCAGACGAGAUCGAGCUCGAGAUGUCUCUAUCUCCUCCACUCCGGAUUGUCUUAUCCACCAUGCUCCACAUCAGGAGGCUGCCGCCAUAUGCCUGUCCCGUUUGUCGCAAGCCGGUCAUCAGGAAACCCGUUCCUAAUUAUGUUCUGGGCAAGGUUAUUGAAUCCGGGGAUAAGAUCGAGGCUCAUGCAGCCCGGCUUGCUGCCCGCCCGUACCCUCCCACUCGUCCUUCCGGUGACCGUGUGGCGACAUGGUCGGCGACUGCGGCUGCGGAUGGGAGAGCAUCAACCCCUGUCGCUCUGAGAGCGUCAACCCCUGUCACUCGGAAGGCAUCUACUCCUAUCGCUCGAAGAGCUCCAACACCUGGACCGUCGACUGGCUCGGCUUUAACACCUCCCCCAGAGGAUCCUAACUCGAAUGUCGAGUCUGAGGACGACCAACUCGACCAUAUGUCUUCGUCGCCAUCGCGAGACACUACUCCGGCAAAUUCCCGUCGCGUCCAAUUCAAUGCACAGCCUAUUCCGAGACCAGAAGGGAGCGCCGGCCGUCCCCACAGCGGCGGCUACACCCUCCGCACCAAGAUGAUGAUCGGAAGGAAAUCUUACAGUUCGAUGCAGAUCAUCUCGCAAUGGCUCCACCACUCGUGCACCGUCACGAAGCAACCGCCUAAGCAGCUUGAACGCGCAAAGGAGCUGAUUCUGCAGAAGUACCCCGAUUGGCGCACUAAAUAUGAGGAUGCAUGGCCCGUCGACGACCUCAUCGCGAGGAGGCUCGCAUACACCACUCGCGAGAUCAAGAAGGGUGUUAGUAAGCCGCAGGACGCGUCGUACAACGACAAUGUCAAGUCACUUCAGCAGCCCCAGUAG